UAUUACGAAUAAAUUAAUCGAACAAAAACAAGUUCUAGAGAUCGUAAGUACGUUCUAGGACGAUUCUCUUUCCUUUUCUAUCACAAGAUCACUUCAGUCAACCGCGAUUCUCGUCGAGUUUAUCUUCUACAUUCUAUAUCUAUCUAUCGAAAUCUCUCUUGAGAGAUCACUUUUAAACAUUACUUUUAAAUAAAAAUUUAAAAUCAUAUAUUGAGUGUAUCAAAGAGUGAAUGAAAGUGAAAGGGAGAUAGAUAGAUAGAUAAAGAAAGGGAAAGAGAGAAAGAGAGAGGGAGAGAGAGAGAGAGAGAGAGAGAGAGAGAGAGAAUUAAUGAAAAUAUAAAAUAGUGUACAUAAUAGAAAAAUGAAAGAGGAAUAGAUGAUCAGUUAAAUUUGAAACAGUUACGAAGAAAUACGAAUAAUUACGUAAACGUUUUUCAGUUGGUGACAAAUUCAUUUGUUUAAUUUGAGAAAGAAUUCGACGGAAUUGAAACAGAAAAAAAGAGAAGAUUAUUUUUAUCUGUGUUCAUUGUAUUUACUGAAAGAAACAAUAUCCGAAAUAUUUGUAUUUCAUAUAAAAAUAUACUGUGAUCGAUGUGCUAAAUUAUUCUAUAUAUUAUAUUCGAUAGCGAAGAUAAUAUUUCGUGAGAAUAUGAUAUUGUUUUUUUUUUAUUGGUGAACGAAUGAAAUUUCAUUCUAUAUAUAAGCGUUGAAACGUUGAUGGAAUUUUAAAAAUCACGAUUUGGCGAACUUUAAUUUCUUUAUCUUUCUUUCUCCUCUCUUUUUUAUUUCUUUUCUAUUUUACUUUUCGAUAUCGAAUGGUUGAUACUCUCAUGAAAUUUGUUGAAAUUUCGAUAAGACGUUGAGCUUACAUAAGGCAUAAAAUGUCGUGAAUUCUACAAAAUUUGUAUCAUCUAAAAGAUUCAUUAGUGAGUGAAAAAUUUGUAUUUUGGUCGUGCGAGAGGAAGACAAUGGUUUUCAAACGGAUUCUCCAAAUGUUCUCGAUAUUUUAUUACAAACGCAUGCGUCGUAGUGAGGACGUGAAGUCUGCGGAUUCCGGACCAGCAGAUUUUGAACGUGCGAUAUGCUCGUCAGGUUAUGGAAAGUUCAAUUAUUUAUUACUGCUGGCUGUACUGCCGGCCAGUUGUGCCAGCAUAUUCUCAUCUUCAUCGACAGCCUAUGUUCUACCAUCAGCCGAAUGUGAUCUUGAACUCACCAUGCUUGACAAGGGUCUACUCAAUUCCAUGUCCUUUGCAGGUAUGAUCAGUACUAACUUCUUAUGGGGAUUCAUGGCCGAUACGUUUGGACGCAAAAGGAUAAUGUUUUACGGAUAUAUGCUCACCGGUCUCAUCACAUUGGCUACGUGUUUCUCGCACACAUCCUGGCUACUAAUACUUUUCAAGUUUUUCGAAGGAUCGAUCAUAUCCGGUCCUUAUGCAGCGUUGAUGUCUUAUCUGGCAGAAGUACAUGAUGAAAACCAUCGUUCACGUACUUACAUGUGGUUGGGUGUUUUCUUCUCACUUGGAAACAUUUCUUUGCCGUGCAUAGCAUGGUUAAUUAUACCACAAAAAUGGAAUUGGAGUCUUUUGCAUGGUUUCGUUGAAAUCAAAUCGUGGAGAGUCUUUCUGGCGAUUUGUUCUCUUCCAGCUUUUCUGGCAUGUAUAACAAUCUUUUUCUUUCCUGAAAGUCCACGAUUUCUUUUAUUGAAAGGUCGUCGCGAGGAAGCUCUCGAAAUCUUUAAGAAAAUAUAUUCAAUCAACACUGGAAAACCAGCAGAUACUUAUUUGGUAAAGGACUUAGAGGACGAAUAUUCCAUAAAGUCAUCAGGUGAUAAAUGGAAAGAGAAGAUAUUAUCAUCUUGGGAACAGAUUAAACCUCUAUUCUUACCUCCAAACGUGUUUAAUCUCAUAGUUAUAUCUUUGAUACAACUUGGUGCAACGAUAGGAUCGAAUUCUUUGAGAUUAUGGAUGCCACAAUUAUUCUCUCUGAUAGAAAGUUACAAAGUCAGUCACGUAUUAAAAGAUCAAAUGGGUUCUCAACCAUCCUUCUGCUACAUGCUGAACAGUCCAGAAAAGAGCAAUGAUAACGUUACAGUAAUUGUGAACUCUACUGCCGAGGCCGUGGUCGCGUGUGUUUCGACAGAACUAAAUUCGACAGUCUUCGUUAAUUCUAUAGUCAUUGCUCUUACUGGUGUCAUUGGCUACACUUUGGCUGGCACUCUGAUAACUGUUGUUGGGAAGAAAAAAUUAAUGGCAAUAUGUUUCCUCGUGGCAGCGUCUUGUUGUGGAUCUCUUUAUUGGGCGGAUGAUACAAAUGGAAUAUUGGGAUUAUCAUCGGUAUUUGUAGCAAUGUCGAGUAUCGGUGGUGCCACAGUAGUCAAUAUCAUCGUCGACAAUUUUCCAACUUGUCUUAGAACUAUGGCAGUUAGUACAGCCAUGACGAUCGGAAGAUGUGGUGCAGUGAUCGGUAAUCUUUUGUUCCCAGUUUUGUUCGGUCUUUCUUGUUUAGGACCGUUCGUUAUGAUCGGUUCGGCUUGUUUGUUCGCUGCUGCAUUGGUCAUCUUAUUACCUCAGAAACCUUCGACAAACAAAAAACCAAAGGAAAUCGUUUAAAAUUCAUAGAGGCAAUUUUCAAUCUCGUAUUCUCUGAUCGAUCAAUUGCACAAUCUAUGAUCGAUAAAUAUAUGUAUGUAAAUAUAUAUUAGGCGUAAAAUCCGAUUUCUUUUUUUUUUCGCAGACAACGUCGACAUUAUCGAUCACUUGUCUUUACUUUCAUCAUGUAAAUACGUUCUUAACACUCAUCUUAAUUAGUUGCUAAGUAAACUCUUUAUUCAGUUGCACCCAUCCUUAGGUAAAUGUAUUUUUGUAUAGAAGGUUAUAAUAUAUGUUCUAGUGUACAUAUAUAUAUAUAGGUAUACAAUAAUAUUAUAAAUAUGUGUAUAAUAAUAUUAUACGUAUUAAAAAUGUAUACAAAACGUAUAUACAUAUUAUAUAAGUGAACAUGUUAGCACUUAAGUAUCGUUUUCUUUUAAUGGAAUCUCACAAACUGCGUCGCUAGUAUAAUUAUUCAUAGAUAAUGUAAUCUUUGUUAUAUUGAUAGUCGCGUGACAAAUAUGAACUUUUCUUAAAUAUUAUAAUAGGAUGUAUCGAUAGUGUAAGAUGUAAGAUGUCUGUAUAAUUUAGAACAAAAAAAAAAGAAAGAAAAUGAAAAAACAAUGAACAGGAAACAAGUAGGAAAACAUAUUUUACUAUUGUUCGAAUAAAUGAAUAUUAUUCAAUAA